CGCAACUCUAUAACAUAGCACCUUUUUGCACGACGGGAAAUGCUAUAUAUAACCAAGAGAAGAUUAGAUAUUCCAGAUGCUUUCUUAAGCAAUGUCCGACAUCAGCGCAUGCCCGACAUCCACCGCUGCAUUCUCGGCAUCACAAUCUCGGUAUAAAAACUGUUCAGAUCUCGCCGCUCCGCUCUUCAGAUACCCAAUCUACGCCGCCGUCAUUUUCACGCUCACAAUAUUCUGGAACCACCUCUUUCCAACCACACAGACAAAUGCAGAGAUCCUACUUCUCCCGACCAAAAAGCCGUAUCUGGCUGCUCUAAAACCACUGGAGAAUCCAGCGUCUGUGGAAGGAGACCAUUGUCCAACUUGCUGGGAUGAGCUGAACGCGGAUAAUGCACCUACAACAUUGGCUUGUAGCCAUGUGUUCUGUAAUGCAGAUAUCAGGGAAUGGCUCGACUCUGGCAAAAACACAUGUCCAGUGUGCAAAGUAGUCUUGUUCCAGCAACCCAUGUUCCAAGGCAAAGAUGCCAUUGCGGAGAAAGUUCACAAGGCUAGGGUGUGUCUGGCGGCGUUGGGUCUGCUUGUUACCAUUGUUCGCCAGCCACUUGCAUUCAUCGCUCGUCAUCCUUCACAUCUCUCCCACAUGUAUUGGCGCUUUGACUAUCUCAAUCCCUACGCCUAUCUCACCGGCUACGGAUCAUGGUACAGAAAUGCGGACGCCAUCAUUAUGUUGACUCUCGACAUCCUGCAAUUGUUUGUUGCAUGCUGGGGUAUCAAGAGGAAUGGUAAUGAAUGGUUUCGUAUGUUCCCAGGUCACUGGAAGUGGUGGAUCUUGAGCCUCUAUCCUUCUGUCAAACAAAUCUUGACGGAGAUUGAUGGCAGUAGGCAUUACGGAUGGGCUGCGUGGAGAACUUGUCAAUGGAGAUGGGAGGGUAGUCCAGGCAGCUUCCUGUUCUGGGGCGCAAAAGUGGUCCCGGCUGUGAACAGACGAAGAGAUGACUCAACGAGAGGGCAGAUGACCUCGUGGUCAGUGUCAUCGAUGGCUGGUUGAGUCGCUGCUCAUGUGACACAAUCAUGUUUCCCAACGAUUCAAGACGGUAUCUUAUACGCAGCUGGAAAAUGUGGAUGACUCACGUCUUGCUAUUCACCAUGACUUACCAUUAUUGGCCCGGACAAGGCGGGCAUCAGUGUUGAAUUUCUUGGACAACAACCUCAGGCAUCUUGGUGAUUGACCUCGUGAAAAAUUCCGGUUGAUGUGAGAGAUGGACCGUGCUGUCUUACAGCUGGUAAUUAGUUAUAGCCGGCCGCUGGCCGUUUGCUGCUUCCGCUGGAAAAGUUCUCGCCAUGCUGU